CGUUAACGCCGAAUGUUUGCUCAAGAUCAACGCUGGCCAAUGGUCAGUUCGAAGUGUUGUGUGGUCGCCUGACGGUAGCCAGCUUGUCUCUGGAUCAUCCGACAAUACAGCCAAGUUCUGGGAUUCGUCUAAUGGAGAAAAGAUCGGUCAACCGUGCGUCGGCCACACUCGCUGGAUCACCUGUCUUGCUAUCUCUUCAGAUAACUCCUUCAUCGCCACGGCAUCGGACGACAGCACUGUGCGGCUAUGGUGCACAAAGACGCAUAAGCAGAUAGGACAUUCACUUAAGCACGCCAAAAAAGUUCACUCUGUCGCAAUUUCUCCUGAUGCAGAACUGCUUGUGAGUGGAGCCGAUGAUGGGAAUCUUCAGCUUUGGUCUGUUAGGGACAUCCUGGAGCAUGAAAAAGUGGAGGGAAGCACAACAGAGUACGAAGAAGUACAAGGAGAACAACUCCGCAGCAGCGAAACCCAGCGAAAAUGAGCAUACCGGCUAUAAUGGCAAUCACAAAGAUCCCUCUGUUUAUCAGGACGGUACAAAUGACUCCGACACCCACGACGAUGACGACCAGGACUCGUUAUUUGACAUCUUCGCUAUAAAGAAGACGGUUCGAAAUUCCGGGGACCUUCAUAUCAUCGAAGACAUCCUGACUCAUGAGAUUGAUUUUGACGAAGAUGACAACAGACGCGAUACGUAUGCUAAUCGCUCAAUUGUAAGGGCACGAAAGUCCGAGUGGGACGAUGCGCUUCAAGACGCAGUUAGGUCUAUUGCUAUCCAGCCCUCAUUAUUGGGUUACAUUUCCAAGGGCAUCGCCCUUUGCGGCAACAAGCAGCUCUGGGACGCAAUGGAAGCUUUCGAUUCCGCUUUUGUAUUUUCCAAUAGUGAUCCGAAUAUCAUCAAUCUUUUACUGUUGAUCAAGGCUAUUGCGCUUUUCUAUGCCGGUCGCUACGAUGAGGCAGUGCGGCGAGUUGAAGACCUCACGACCGCUUCUCAACACUCAGAUCCAAUUCCGUGCAACGUUGUGAAUUCGUAUCUACGUGUGCAGCUUGCAGUCAUUGCUUUCCAGGAUGGGCGGUACAGCGAAGCCGCCGAUCAACUCGACCGUAGCGUUCCCAGUAUUACGGACUUGUUUUCGAGCAGAGCACUUUUUGAACCUAGAUUGAAGAUAUUCACGGUGCUCUUCGGCUGGGACUUGGACGCGUCAUGGCAAACCGUCAACCAAAUACGGUGCGAAGCAUGGCUCUGCGCUGAUCGAGUGAUCGAAGCUGUCGAAUCCCACCAAUACAUGAUGUCCAUGAUCGAUGAGGAUGUGAAGGACAGCGACCUCGAGUGGUCUACUGCAUUCAAGAAUGAUUGCACUGCGCGCUGUGUCGCAAAGGGAGACGAAGCUGUUGCUGCAAAAAAUUACGAAACGGCUAUUGAACUAUAUUCAGCGGGCAUCGAGCUGGACUCUUCAUGCGAGUCACUCUUUGUGCGCCGCAGUAAAGCAAAUUUGGAACGCAACCUCUUCGUAGUGGCUCUUCACGAUGCGAACAGGGUUAGGGCGAUAGUUGUCAUUUCUCUAGCAGUUGGUACGAAUUAAAGAAUGCAGCGCUUCUCGGCGCUGUGCGCUGCAAUGAGGCAGAAGAGGCCUUCGAAAUCAUGUUCUCCAAGUUGGGUGAUACCCCAGAUGGACAGAUACGACAGCUGCAGCCCUGUCC